AUGAAGACUUACUCUUGGCUUGAUAAGCCGUUUUUGACUGCUUUGUUUUUGGGAAUUGGCGGGUUCCUAUACGGAUAUGACUCUGGAAUCAUUACUCCGAGUUUAGCAUUGUCCUCGUUUCUAAGUCACUUUGGUAAUCCCGAUGCUCCCCUUCGCGGAGCCAUUGUGUCUGUUUACCAGGCCGGAGCCUGGCUUGGUAGCGCCUCUGUCGGCAUCACCAGCGAUUGGCUCGGCAGAAGAAAAGCCAUUGCGUUUGGAUGCAUUUGGGGCGUCCUUGGUGGCGCCUUGAUGGCGGGAGCAGCUCAUGUAGCUAUGCUCAUUAUCGGUCGCUUGCUUGUUGGUUUCGCUGUAGGGACCAUUACUGGUGUCGCUCCAGUCUUUGGUGCCGAGAUUGCCAAGACACACCAACGAGCCAAAAUUACGGCAGUCAAUCAAAUGAUGGUCGCAUGGGGCUUCUUUGUUGCGCUAUGGACCGGAGUUGGUGAAGGCCGCUGGGAUAGUCCCAAUCAAUGGAGACUCGGUUUCGCCAUCCAGAGUAUUCCGGCUCUCCUCCUUGGUGUUGGAGUGCUGUUUAUUGGGGAGUCUCCAAGAUGGCUGCUUCUCAAAGGACGCCAUGAUGAAGCCAGAGAGGCUUUUCUCAGCUACCACUACGACGGAUCCAACGAGGCAUGGUGCGACACCGAAUUCACAUUGAUCCACAUCAAUAUUUCGGAAGAAUUGCAAGCCCAAGGCCGACUAUCAUGGAAAGAGCUGUUCCAAACUUCGGCUUUCCGGAACCGUCUCUUUGUCGGGUCGUUUGUCUGGGCAGCAGCCAUGCUGUCUGGCAUCUCGUUUGUCCAGUACUACCAAACCGCCAUCUAUUCAACCCUGCAGUUCAACCAAGACAGACAGCUUCUCGUCAGUGGACUUUACGGUUCUGUCGGGCCAGUAGCGUGCCUUGCGUCUUUGUUCUUUGUCGAUCGAAUCGCACGCAGGAAAAUUCUCAUCUUCAGCUCCUCCCUCCUCUCGAUUUGUUACAUGAUCAUCACCAUCAUUGCCGCACUAUUCCCAGCCCAGCCUGGAAUGCCCACAAAUGCUGCAGCUCAGCGCGGUCUUAUUGCUUGCAUCUUUGCGGUUUCGGCGAAUUACUCGGCUCUCCUUGGCCCAAUGACAUGGAUUAUUCCUCCCGAGGUCUUUACCACCGAGCUACGAGCCAAGGCAAAUGCUAUUGUGCAAGUCAUCCACUACUCAAUCAGUUUGAUCAUCACUCAAUGCUCUCCCAUUGCGUUGGCAGAAGUAGGAUGGAAAUAUUACAUCCUUUUCAUCCUUACGAAUGCUGUUUGCGCGUUGGUAUUUGCCUUUGCAUACCCAGAGACUAGAGGUAAAUCCCUCGAGGAAAUUGAUGAGAUUUUUGGGGACAUCAAGAUCAUUCACGAAAGUGAUGUCAAAUUUGAGGAAAAGAUGGGCAUUGAGAUUGUAGAGACUCGGAAUAGCGCGGCCUAGACAUUGAUGUUGGUGAGAUGCAUAGUUUGGAGUAGCAAACGCCCGGAAUCUGCCAUCAUUCACAGAAGCAUGCGAUAGAUUUCCAAUUAAGUCAAUCCAUC